AUGGGAAAGGUUGACAGCAACUCUCAACAUGUCGAGGGGGCUCCCUCAAGCCCCGGUGUGAUGGAGGCUGGCAAACAGGAAGCCUUCUAUGUCGAAGACCGGGUAGCUCAUCUCUCGGAAGAGCAUCGCCAGUAUCUCCUGGCUCGUCAUGGUACUUUGGAUCUUGAUCCAAUCCCAGAUAUGAAUGAUGCAGAUCCGUAUAACUGGCCUCAAUGGCGGAAAAACCUGAAUCUCAGUUUCCUUGUCUUCCACGCAAUGAUCGGUCUUUCCACCGCCUCGGGCAUCCAAUCCGCUUUCGUCAAUAUCUCCGCCGACUUGGGAGUUAGUAUGCAAAGAACGAGUUAUUUGGUUUCGCUGUUUAUCGCCGUGCUUGGUGGAGCGCCCCUAUUUUGGCGCCCUCUUGCCAACCGCUAUGGCCGCCGUCCUAUCUUCCUCAUCUCGUUGAUCUGUGCCAUGGUCGGGAAUAUUGGAUGUGCUGAGAGUCACUCUUAUGCAACAAUGGGAUUAUGCCGUGCCAUCACUGCCUUCUUCAUUAGCCCAGCGGCAGCAAUUGGAAGUGCAGUCGUCGCAGAGACAUUUUUCAAGAGAGAUCGCGCCCGCUCCAUGGGUGUUUGGACUUUGAUGGUGACGAUCGGAGUACCGGUUGCUCCAUUCCUUUUUGGUUUCCUUGCCCUGCGUCAAUCAUACCGUUGGAUCUACUGGAUCCUGGCUAUUACCAACGCAGUCCAAUUCAUCUUAUACCUGUUCCUGGGAUCGGAAUCUCUGUACAUCAGGGAGGAAGGCGCACCAAAGCAAGUGACAAGUGUUAAAGAGAGUCUGUUCAAGUUCCGUCGCAUUGACCCAACUCCUCUGCGCUUCUACGACUUUAUCCAGCCACUGAGCUAUGCCUUCAAGCCAAACGUGAUGAUUCCUGCUGCAGGUUACGCCAUGAUUUUCCUAUGGGGAAGUAUCAUGCUCACUAUUGAGAUUCCUCAGAUCUUCCCAGAGCAGUUCGGCUUUAACACCCAACAAGUAGGGUUGCAGUUCCUGGGUGUUAUCCUUGGCUCGGUCAUUGGUGAACAAGUUGGCGGAUUGAUUUCUGAUCGUUGGAUGUUGGCCCGUCAAAAGUCAAAGGGCGAGCGACCAGAACAUGAGUACCGCCUGUGGCUGGGCUAUAUUGGCCAUGUAUUGACUAUCUGUGGUGUUGUUGUCUUUUGCGUUCAGCUUGGCAAGGCUGGUGAUACUUGGAAUAUUACCCCCAUCGUUGGUGCUGCGAUCGCAGCCGGUGGCAAUCAAAUCGUCACAACGAUCAACAUUACCUACGCCGUGGACUGCUAUCGCAGCGAUGCUGCAAGUGUUGGUGUCUUUAUCACUUUUGUGCGACAGAUCUGGGGUUUCAUUGGACCGUUCUGGUUCCCUCAGCUAUUCGAAGUGGCUGGAUGGGGUGGAGGUGCUGGUGCUGCUACUGCAAUGAUUGUUGCUGUCACUAUCAUCCCUACCAUUCUAUUGCAAUGGCGCGGCUCCCAUUGGCGAAAUUGA